CCUCCUCUGCAGCGUGCCUUGUAUGCACCGUGCAUAACUUCAACACUCCGACACACUUUCACAGUGCGAUCUGGACUCUACAUUGAACAGAUUAUCGGACAGGUAUCGUUAAUCAUGGAUUUGAAAUAUUUGGCGGUUAUGGCUGUGCUCACUGUGGCGACAUACUCUCCUUUCUCACAAGCUAAGCCCAUCAGUCUGGUGGAGAGGUGUUGGUGUCGUUCUACUGUCAACACCGUCCCCCAGCGCAACAUCCGAGAACUAAAGUUCCUACACACACCCAACUGCCCCUUCCAAGUGAUUGCCAAGCUGAAGAACCACAAGGAGAUUUGUAUCAACCCUGAGACCAAGUGGCUACAGCAGUACCUGAAGAACGCCCUCAACAAGAUCAAGAAAUCCAAGCAGACCAACUAGAGAGCCUGCAGGAAGACCUACCAACAGAUAUGUAACAUGAGACGUGUAGCUUGUAAUAUGUAACAUGUACUCUCCCGUCACGCACGCUGAACAGCACUUAGCCUGUCCAUCGCGGAACCAUCCAACCCACGGCUUUCCAAAACCACCACGUCUGUUACCUAUGUUACCAUCACCACCGGCAGCCCUUAUGGACUCCACCCCUGCUAGCGCCAAGUGCAAUUAUAUCUGUGUGAGUGUAUGUUUUUAUCAAUUAUGUAUAUACCAUUUUUUUAUUAUCCUAUUUCAUCAGUAAACAGCAAUUUUUUGUUGCUGUUUUGGCCACUGGCUUCUCUGUCAUUUAGGAGUUAGGACUGGUCUUAAAGUAGGCAUUGAUGGGGCUGAGAUGGUGAGAGAGGGAGGAUUCAUGACAGGAUUCAAGCCUCACAAUCCAACUAUAUCAGCUUGUCCUGGGGAGUGUACAAGGUUCAACAGUACAUUCUGGGAAAGAUCCAAGGUGCAUGGAGGUGUUCACACAUGCAUGGCAGAGCCACUAGAACAUACUAUGGCUCAAUCCCUUAACCGUCCCCCUCAUUUUCGAGUGUCCCUUGGUGGGUGAUUGGCAAUCAAAAAUGGAGCAACUAGUGGUAGUGAGAGCUAUAACAACACUUGGGAAUGGGACAUCGCUACAUCAGAAAUGGCCACUGACACCACGCAAGUCAUUGACGAUGAACCUUGUGUUUUUCAGAAUGCCUAUACUGGCUGCAGUAAUAACUUUCCUUAUACUUCUCAUGCAACAAAUAUGUACUUACCAUAUGAGCAACAAAUGAGAACAGCAGAACAACAAUGUGCCCGUAAUGUACCCAUCCUCUUGCUGCAGUUCAAUGUGAAGUAGUACAGAAGCAGGACUUUUAUUCCAUAGCGGUUUAACAGUCACAUUUCCUUCACAGUCAUUACCAGUGAAGGCACUUUAGCUAGAACAAUUAAAACUACUGUUCUGAACUAAUAUUUAUACCAAACGUUUUCAGGGUCCAUACACAGAUCGGCUACAUAGCUACACAUCCAUAGCAUACAGGUAUUUUUAUCCUCCACUACACAAUAAGGAAGAAAAUAUUUAGCUACUGCUACGCAGGGGCUGGAACCAAAAUUAUUUUCUAAUCUCUUCGUUCUGAACCACCAUUUUUUUUUGUUUCGUUCCACUGUUCCGACUGGAAAAAUACAUUUCUGAAUCGGUUUGAACCAAAAGAAAGGACCGAUUUAUAUCGUUCCUUUCUUUGAUUUAUAUUAUCUCCACAGAAUUAUGUCUAGCGGGAACGACGUCUAUGGACAAACAUUGAAUGUCCUUUGAGCUAGCUAGCUAACACGCUUGUGUGUGCAGAGUGGCAUCAGAAUUAAAAACACGUCUUAUCUUUUUGUAGUUGAUAAAACAUGAUAACUAGGCAUAUAGUAUCCUUAACUAGCAUUGAAAAAGUUUACCAAUUCUCUAGCUAAUUAAAAAUCUCUCUCCCUAUCUUCUGAAUCAAGCUUGUAAUGUCAGUGCAGUAGUCUAUGCUUCGGUGGGGUGAGUGGCAGGUAGCUCAAGCACACACAAAUAUUUUUGGCUUGCAGGCAGACACUGAAAUAAGUGAAAGAGAGAGGGCUUUGCACAGGCACUUUGUUGUGGGACUAUAAAAAAAAUGCUUGGAAUGUAAAUAACGUUAUUAACCAGUUCCAAUGCUUUUAAAAUAAAUGUUUCUGUUUCGGAACAGUAUGGAUCACUUUCGUUCCAGGUUUCGUUUAUGCUUCUUGACUUAUUUUCUCCACUUUUCAGUUCUGUUCCCUGAACCGGUUCCAAGCCCUGCUGCCACGUUACCUGCAUUGGCAAAUAUCUUCAAUCUCUAACGUUAACGUUACUACAAUAAAGGGACUGACUUUGAAAUAUUUUUUAAUAAAGACAAAAUUACAAAAAUUCUACAUUCAAUUUGCAGCAAAGUUAGCUAGGUAGUUAGUUAGCUAGCUAGAUUCUUUACAUCAGCUGGAUUUCACAAAAUGACAGGCUGGAUUGCUCAGGAUUCCCUAAAACAUUAAACACAAAUUACAAUUCAUACAAAUGUCAAACGCCCAUAUAGCAAGCUAAAUGUAUAGCUAGUUGGAUAAUGUUAGCUUGUUAAUAAGUAGAUUUUCGUGAGUUAACUUUGACUAAAAAUAUGCAUAAUCACUUGUCUCUAGAUUAACUAACAUAUUUCUCUGAACUGUAAAUGUUUUGCAUGAUUCAUUAUGAAGUAAUCAUGCAUCUCAAUUUCCUUCAUUUGGAGGGCCAACUAUAUAAUUUUUAUUUAACUAGGCAAGUCAGUUAAGAACACAUUCUUAUUUACAAUGACAGCCUACCGGGGAACAGUGAGUUAACUGUCUUGUUCAGGGGCAAAAUGACAAAUUUCUACCUUGUCAGCUCAGGGAUUUGAUCCAGCAACCUUUCGGUUAUUGGCCCACCACUCUUACCACUAGGCUACCUGCCACCCCAAACUAGAGGGCUGAAAAGGCACUACCCCUCCCUUAAAGUUGAAUUGGGACAGCACUACGACUCGAUGAGGAUUGAGGGAUUGCACAAAAUGGAGGGGGAGGGCUAUAGGGUGGUAUUGGGAUUGAGCCUAUGUCUGCCUAUGUCUACACACAGAGUGAUUGGACAUCCAGUUCUAGUACCCAAUCAACCAAUACUUUUUGUUUUGUUUCCAGCCAUGCUGCAUGUUGAAGUAUUUUAUAUAAACAGUCAUAAUGUGAAAAAUCUUGAUGUUAUUCUCCGAGCAGCUUCAGAAGAGACACAGGUAUACACAGUUUGCCAAAGUUCCUUGGAGAUUUAGAAUUUCAGUCAGCGACACAUUGGCAUUAAAAGUUCCAAGAUAAUGACUCUCUAGUUAGAAUUAUAAUUACAAUGUUGUUGUCAUGUUUGGUGCCAACAGUUGGUUGAUAACUGUGGAACUGUGACUCUGGUAGUGAGACCAUGUAUGACCCGGUCACUGCAUGUGUGUGUUUGUUUGUGUGUGGGCGUAUGUACGUGUACGUGUGGGCUGUUUUAGCUGUUAGGGGAACAUGGUCAAUGAGAGAUAAUGUGGAAUAAUAUGCUGCUGUUGCAUUUCCGAUCUCUCUGAAAUUUCUAGAACAUCUGGAGUCAGAACUCUGCUAAUUGAGCGAUCAAUGAGAGGGUAGCGGUCCGUAGCUCCGUCACAGUUCGGGAAACAUUAAAGGAGCAGUAUGUCCAGAUUUUAUUAAAGGAACAGUUAACCCAGAUUGUUAAAAUAACAGUGCAUCCAUAUUACAUUAAAGGGAUAGCUCACCCAGAUUACUUAAAAGGGAUAGUUCACUCAGAUGACAAAUUAUUUUGUAGUUCAGGUUUCCCUUUAAUUCUGACAUUGACCAGAGUACAUUACUGUAUGAAAAUCUCAAACACAUGCAGUGGGUUAACCAAAUCAUGUUUGUUGUCAGCCAGACUACCAUGUAAAUGUGUCAUGAAACAUUAUGGAAUUUAUAAAGUAUCAUAUUUAGCAAACCACACACUAUGAAAAUCAAUGUUAUAGGAGGUAAUAUAGAACAAGUCAUAAUCUCAUCAGCAGUUGUAGUGUGAUAGUAUUAGUAGCAGUAUAGUAAUAGUAGAAGUAGUGCAGGGACGGGCCCUGCAGACCAAUAAUUUGAUUACAUUUUUUAAUUGGGGUGGACUCAGUUGGGGUCUCAACUCACUGUUGAGAGUUAGAAUAAUAGCAUACACAAUGUGCAAUUUCGAAAUUUGUGCAUUAGCAGUCACUCAGUUAGCCCAUGUCAGCGCUUAAAUUUUUUUUAAAUUAUUGCUAAGUUAGUCUGGCAGCCAGCUAUCUAAACUUGUAGUAAGCAUGGUCGUAUUACAGACCGGGGUGGGGCCCAUUGAUCAUCAGUUAUAAUACUAAAAACUGCAUACCCUAUUGCAGGAAAUUAGCUGUAAAUCUGUUAAUUCCUCUCCGCCCCACAGCGAAAUAAGUAGAAUUGCAUGAAAUGAGGGUAUGCAGACCCACGAGCCACUAUGUUCCCUCAUGAUGAGUAAAAAUAAAAUGUGUGGCCCCCACCCCCAUCAAAGUUGCCCAUCCCUUAUCUAGUGGCUUGGCUACCUAUUAAUGUCAUAUACUGUAUUUUAUUUUGGAUAUCGAUGCACUUUAUGUCCAACAUAUUCAUUAAUUUUCAUUUACAUUUUAGUCCUUUAGCAGACACUCUUAUCCAGAGUCUUAAAAGGUCGACUUUGGGCAAAAUAAAAUAAAAAUGUCUAAACAAUUAAUUGAUCAACGCACCAUCAUACCAGGUCAUUUAAUGCUUGAAAAAACUUGAUGAAUAAGAUAUUUGGCUACAGAAGUGAUAUUUUUUACCGAUCUCUACAGCUUCCAUCCAAAAACAAAUCCUGUGAAAUUACAUCAACACAUACUGGAGAAGUUACUGGCUAGCUACAGAGGCUACCUUAGCUAACAAACUAGCUAUAUUGGUCGUCACGCACCAAAGGCACACCCCAUUUCUGUUUUUAAAAUGGAGAAAGGAGCGGAGUUGGACCGUUUUUUUGUGCCCAAAGUCGACCUUUAAGAUAGCUGGGUUACACAACCAGAUAUCACAGUCAUAGCAACAACAAAAAAUCCCUCAAUAAAGUAGUUUGCAACAAUACAUAACUUUAGAAUGUGAUAAUGAGAAGAAGAACAAGAUCCACAUUAGUCAACUGUUGUUUUUGUACUUUUUUACUUUACAUUUUUUUGUACUUUUAAUGUACUUUUUCAUAUAAAUAAUCUAAGCAUGAGAUGCAUCACAUUUUCAUUUUGAACCUUUAUCUUUCCAUAGGUCAAACAUGUACUCUUUUAUACAUCAAACACACAACGUUCUUAUGAAGGAGCUAGAUGUAACAUCAUUUCAAUGUUAAACUGUAUAUUGUUGAGUUAAAUGUAGUCUUUUAACCAUGAAUAAAAAAUAUACAUUUCUA